AGGAAAUCCAGUCUCGUUUUGUCCUCCAGUUUAGCGACAAGCUUUUGAAAGCUCUUUGUAAUGGGGAAAAUUCUCCUCUUUGCUCUACUGAUUGGUGGUGUGGUACAAAAUAUAAUCGUGGCCGCCCGCGACUGCGUUGAAGGCUGCAGCGUCCUCCGCCUCCACGGGCUGUCUCGUUCCCUCCUCCAUGGCUUAGCCCCGUUGUACUUCUGGCCUCCAGAGGAAGUCGAUCUGUGGCUGGAAGUGUCGACAUUUUCCAGCUUCUUCUUCAUUCGAGGUUCUGAGAAGAUACAUACGUGGCAUGAGAUCACUUUUACCAGUGGAGAUAAACCGGGAGAAAGCUGUGUAACUGCACCUACCAUUUUACCAAACAAAAUUUGCGGUUCUCAGGACUACGUGUAUCUGCAUGCAAACCGGCCGGCGUUCUGGGCUGUAAACUGCCCCGCAACUCCCUGUGACUGUCCUGAGAAGACCAUCGAAAAAUGCAGAAAUAUUUCGUCAGUGUCAGCAACAUCAUGCGAGAAUCACGAAUUAUAUGCACUCAGAAUCCCUCUUGACAGAGCCUCCACAUGGUACUGGUGGCCCGGAAAAACAGACGAGAUAAGAUUGGAGUUCCCUCGUGACUCAUAUGAAACAUAUAGUCUCCGUCAGACCGAGAAUGGACAGUGGCACGAUUUCACGGUUGUGGGAAACGGAGGGAACGAAGAUGGAUCGAAAAACAAAACCUGUACGAUUAUCAGUCGCAGUUUGGGCCUGGUUCUCCACUGCUCAAAGAAGGUUGACAGAGACAGUGAUCUGCACGUGAAGACUUUCAGCGCAGGGAAGGCGAGGACUAGCUUCUGGGCGCCCAAAUGUCCACCAAAGGCCCUGACUAUGGAAAUUGCGGAAACUUCAGAAUCAGCGGUGGAAUUGCGACCGACGUUGGCUGCGCGGUGUGCACACCAUGAUCAUAGAUUAUGUUACAGUCCACGGAGAGUCGCAGUAAAUAGGACCUAACAAGUAUCCUUUAAAGCCCUCUAUUUCGGAUGUUGUGUUUGCCUGCUGUCAAUGGUACAUUAUUAUGUGCUGUUUUUCAUUCAAACUUUAACUUUUGCUUUGUGGUUGUAUAGUUUGUAUAAUAAGCCUUGCAUCUUAGAAGUGCUGAUUGCACAAUGUGUUUGUUAUUAGAAACUUAUUUUUUAGAUGAAGUUUAUUCAUUGGAACUACUGUGAAUGUACUGUUUGUACAUUGGAACUAUUACAUUUCGAAUAUACUGUAUGGAUACUGAAAGUUAUAUAUUUCGAAUGUACCGUAUUUACAAUGAAACUGUUACAUUUUGGAUAUAUUAGAUCGUCUGUCUCUGUCUCUCUCUCUCUCUGUCUCUCUAUCUCUCUCUCUUUCUCUCUCUCUCUCUCUAUCUCUCUCUCAUUCUUUCUCUUUCUCAUUCUCUCUCUCUCUCUCUCUCUCUAUCUAUCUAUCUAUCUCCCUCUUUGUGUGUCUGUGUGUGUCUGUCUGUCUGUCUCGAUCUAUCUGCAUAUCAAUCUGUCAAGGCUAUAUAUCCAUAAUUAAUUAUAUCACGCUAACCCAGUCCAUUAUGCUGACCGAGCUUCAUAUCCCCGUUCGGUGUUCUUGCGCGUCUCGGAGGUCAACCUAAGCUGCGUGGUCACGUGACCUCGCCCUCGAGCAGGUCACGCCCAGACAGGCCGCAAACAGUCCUUCCAUCCCACCGCCGCUCUUCUCGCACCUUCCUCUCAAGACGCCGACCAUUACCGUAGAUUUUAAUUAUCUUUACGCUGUGCUUCUUCAGAAUAUUAAAUACAUAUGGCUG